AUGGCCAUCACGGUGGGCGUGCUGGCGCUGCAGGGCGCCUUCAUCGAGCACAUUCACCUACUGCAAAAGGCAGCGCCUCUGGUCAAGAGCAAAGAGGGGUUCGAAUUCAUCGAGGUCCGGACCCUUGAGCAGCUCUUGCGCUGCGAUGGGCUCAUCAUUCCCGGCGGUGAAAGCACGACACUCUCCUUGAUCGCGCAGAGAAACAAUCUGCUCGAGCCUCUGCGAGACUUUGUCAAGGUCGAGCGGAAACCGACCUGGGGCACCUGCGCCGGCCUGAUCAUGCUCGCCGAGGCAGCCAACUCGACGAAAAAAGGCGGACAGGAGCUCAUCGGCGGCCUGGACGUGCGUGUACACCGAAACCACUUUGGCCGGCAGAUCGAGAGCUUCGAGACAGGCCUCGACCUCCCCUUCCUCGCCGAACUACAAGCUGAAGGCGAAAGCCCGCCGCCGCCUUUCCCUGGCAUCUUCAUCCGCGCGCCCAUCGUCGACAAACUCCUGCCGCACGUGCACGGUGAACAGGCUGCCGAGGCGAAGAAGGAUGAUACGGUCGUGGCACCGGCAAAGGAGCCACGCAACGAGAGUGCAGCCAAGAAGAUGUCUGACACAGUGGAGGUGAUGGGCGUCUUGCCGGGACGUAAUCCUGGAGAUGCCGAGGCGGGGGACAUCAUCGCCGUGCGGCAAGGGAACGUCUUCGGCACCAGCUUCCACCCUGAACUGACGGACGAUCUACGGAUCCACCAAUGGUGGUUACAAAAGGUUGUGGAUAGCAAGUCAUAA